UGCACUUACCUUGAAGCUGGGGUCCUCUGUACCUGGACUCUGUGUGAUGUCUGCUCUGCUGUGGGAAUUCUAACACCUUCCUCGCUUUAAAGCGCAGAAAAUGACUUUCCUCAGCAGGUUCAUCUUUUUGUUGAGCUGCGCAGCUGCAGCUGUUGUGCUUCCCUUUGACCCUCUGGUGAAAAAGUCCAGAAUUGAGUUCGACUCGUCUGGCGUUGGACCAGAUGAACCUGUUCAGGCCAGAGUCAAGGUUGUGCAGCUGGACCCUCGUUCCUUGGCUCUGUCCGGGUUCUUCAGAAGAGGACUCACCCAGAGAAGAGCCCUUUCCCACAGCACCAGGCUGCCCUUUCCUGCCUUCCUGUCCCGGGGUCGACCUGCUCCGGCCCCAGCUCUGGUGGCCCCUGCAAGUCCGCUACAGAGCCUGCGCACAAGAAGACCCAUGGCGGCAGAGCUGAAGAAGCAGCAGGGGCUGCAGAUGUGGCAGAAAGUCGUAGAUAAAGGAGAGAAGAUCUCUCUGCCUGUCAGCCUGAAAGACAGUAAACAAACAUGCACUGCAGUGCCUUUCACUCAGCAUGUGACGGCAGACGGAUGCCAAACAGCAGCACUGCACAACAGGCUGUGCUUCGGUCAGUGCAGCUCCCUCUUUGUCCCAUCCGGGGGGGAGUUCGUCGAGACGGGGGCCUUCCACCUCCGGGCCCCCUGCUCCCGCUGCGCCCCCUCCAGAGCGCGCACCGUCCCUGUGCUCCUGCGGUGCGGAGCCCAGGUCCGGGAGAAACGAGUGAUGGUGGUGGAGGCGUGCAAGUGUGAAACGAACCGAGAGGAGAGGAGCGCCCAGGCCGCUGCUGCCUCACACCUGUAACUGUUCCAAGCUGGGACAGCACGACCACAGGAAACAGAAUUAAACGGACAGUUUGGAUCUUUUGGGUUCCGCUGAAAGAUUAUGAACAAUCAAAAUCUUACCUGUUGAAGAUCAGCUCUUUGCACUGACUCAGUUUGAAGACAUAGUUUUGAUUUCUAAACAGACCGAAGAGUUAACAGCUAUGAGUGGAGCCAAGUAAAUUAAAAAUAUUUAUACUGUGAUACUUUCUCAAUUGGUGGUUAUUCCAGUGGAAACAUUAUGAAAUUCCUGCUCAGAUGUACCAAGCUGCACCACAAGUACCAAGGCUUGCUAUUUGUGCUGGCAAAUAUUGAUAGAAUCAUGAGUAAACAACCCAAAGAUGCUUUAAAGUUAUGAAAUAAGAUUUCUGUUUUAGAAUAUCUGAGCUUGGAUUUGUUUUCAGAUGAGGUCUUAGCCACACACUGUUUAGCCAUUAGCUCUUCAGUUUAAUUAAUCUAUAUUUCUCCAAACUGAAGAUGUGCAAAAAGCUGUCUACCACAAGUAAGAUAUUUAUUACUCAUAAGUUUUCCAUACACUUAAACUAAUUAUUUCUCUAAAGACCGGAAUUUGCUUUUAAUCAAGAUUGUCUUUACUUUUUUAAUUGUGUGUGUUACACUGAUACCUGUGCUCAUAUGUGUGUGUAAAUGUGUGUUAUCUAGAUGUGUUCAAGUCUGAAGUUUAACUCAGAGAGAAGUGUUCUGAUGGACCAUUCCAUCAUUGAUUGUUGACAAAUGAUCUGUAUGUUGGUCAUGCAUUUAUUUAUUUCCAUCUCUAUUUUUGCAACCUAAAACAUGAUUGGCAUCAUAUAAAGAGAAAUAAUUCAAACGUC